UGUCGGCAUGCUCUCUCCUCACCAACAGCGCGUCAUUUUUAGCUCGGGGCCGGGUUGGGUGUCUGUGGAUGUCGGCUUGAGUUCAGCACGGUGUUAUCGCCCUGCUCGGCUUGGCUCGGCACGGCUCGGAGAGGACACAUUAUCAGACAGAAGGUGGGGUGAGGAGCGGCUGAAGGUGUGCGUGGAAGGUGCGGAGGAGAUGGUUCCUUCAGCAGGAUGGAUCGGAGGAAAGUCGUGCCCGGGUUCGUUCCCUACUGUCUCUUACUGGUCCUGUGUGUCUCUGCAGAGGUCAAUGAAGAUGGAUACUUGAAUAUUGUGCAGAGUGCAGCUCCGCUCUCCUGUUCAGAGGGCUUCACAGAACUGGGCUAUUAUAAUGGCUCAGUUUCCCACACGGACUCAGGCUCCCCCUGCCUGAAGUGGACACACUUUCCAGACUACAUGCAGCAGUACCCAGGCCAAGGUCUGGGGGACCACAGCUUCUGCCGAAACCCAGACCGAGAGGCCAACCCCUGGUGCUUCUUCAGGCAGAGCUCUGGUGCCAUCGGUUGGGCAUACUGCGACUGCCAUCAGGGUGCAGCCAGAUUGGUGGGGGGGUCAUCUGCCAACAAUGGGCGCCUGGAGGUCUACCUAAAUGGCCAAUGGGGGGCAGUAUGUGACACACACUGGACUGACCGUGAUGCCAGCGUCAUAUGCAGACAGCUUGGACUGGGUGAGAUCGGUACAGCCCUGCAACAUUCCUACUUUGGCCCAGGUACUGUUUUCCACUAUGAACGUCUGGGUUGCCGUGGUAAUGAGAAUUCCCUACUGGAAUGCCGGAGCAGGAAGUUUGUCACCAGUGACUGUUACCAUGGCAACGAAGCAGGAGUGGUUUGUGCUGAACCUGAGGGCGUUGGCAUUCCUUUGAGGCUCGUGGGAGGCCUGGAGGACUUUGAGGGCCGUGUUGAGGUAUACCACAACGGCAGGUGGGGAACCAUUUGCGAUGACCAGUGGGAUGACACUGAUGCUGAGGUGGUGUGCCGACAGUUGAGCCUGGGGGGCGUGGCCCAGGCGUGGACAUGGGCUCACUUCGGGAAGGGUGCUGGUCCCAUUUGGUUGGAUGGGGUUCAGUGUACAGGCAAUGAACUCUCUCUAGAGGAGUGUCCUCAUAACAUCUGGGAGCAGCACAACUGUGACCACAUGGAAGACGCAGGCGUAUCCUGCAACCCAUACACAGAUGGUGCAGUUCGUCUGGUGGGAGCAGACAAUCACUGGGAGGGUCGUGUGGAAAUUUAUCACCAGGGAGAAUGGGGCACUGUGUGUGAUGACAACUGGACCAAGCUCAACGCCCAGGUGGUGUGUAGACAGCUGGGCUUCAGUGGCCGAGCAGAGGUGGCUCCUGAUAGGGUGUAUGAAGAAGGUCAUGGGCUGAUCCUGCUGGAUGAGGUCCAGUGUCUGGGAACAGAAACUACUCUUCAGGCCUGCACCCACUCUGAGUGGGGCCAGCAUGACUGCUCCCACAGUGAGGAUGUUGGUGUCCGCUGUGAGAGGGGACGUGACGCUAAUGAGAUACCAGCUCUGUUGCCUCCUGUUGGCCCUCUGGUGCGUUUGGUUGCUGGAGAAAGCAGGAAGGAGGGUAGAGUGGAGGUCUUUAUAAACGGCCAAUGGGGAAGUGUGUGUGAUGAUGGCUGGAAUGAUGUCAAUGCAGCUGUAGUUUGCAGGCAGCUGGGAUUCACCGGUGUGGCUAAAGCUCGAUCCAUGGCAUACUUUGGUGAAGGUCGAGGCCCCAUCCAUCUAGACAACGUUCGUUGCUCAGGCACCGAGAUGUCCUUAGGCCAGUGUCAGGCUGUGGGUCAAGAUGGCCAUGACUGUCGCCACAGUGAGGAUGCGGGCGUCAUAUGUGAUUACACCCUAGAUCCUGUUGGGGAUAGCACCAUAGCAAUGCAGACCUGUGGCCUGAGGCUCAAUAACCAGCGCCGUCGACGCAGGAUCAUAGGGGGAGAUAAGUCACUGAGGGGUGAAUGGCCCUGGCAGGUGUCUCUGUGGCUCAGGUCUCAGUCUAAAGGGAAUCAUCCUCUGUGUGGAGCAUCACUCAUCAACCCCUGCUGGGUUGUAACUGCUGCCCACUGCUUCAAGAGAUUUGGCAGAGACCCUGCCCGUUAUGUAUUGCGCUUGGGUGACUACCACACUGAGGAGCAGGAUGACUUUGAACGCACCUUGUCUCCUCAACGCAUAGUUAUCCACAGAAAGUACCACAGUCAGGGCUGGGAGUACGACAUCGCCCUGCUGUGGCUCAAAGGCACAGAGGGAAACUGUGUGGCUUUUAACCCUCACACCAGUCCGGUGUGUCUGCCAGAGCCGGGUAACAAGUGGGAGAAGAGACCUGCUGCCUGUGUGAUCACUGGCUGGGGCAUCACAGAUUCAGAGUACUCCCGGACUCUGCUCCAGGCCUGGGUCCCCCUGCUUCCAGCCUGGAAGUGUAAGAAGAGAUACAGUGAUCGUUUCACAAGCCGCAUGCUGUGUGCUGGGAGCCUGUCGGAGCGCCACCGUGUGGAUAGUUGCCAGGGUGACAGCGGGGGUCCACUGGUUUGCCAAGGAGAUGGUGGACGUUGGGUGCUGACAGGAAUCAUCUCCUGGGGUCACGGUUGUGGAAACCCCUCAUUCCCUGGGGUGUACACACGUGUUAGCAGGUUCCUGAGAUGGAUUGACAAGGUCAUCAACAAACCUUACAAGAACUGAAUAACACUGACUAACGUCCAGUGUUAGUAAGUGGCCUCAGGGCUUGAGGUGUGUAUUGGUAAGAAGUAAGCCUGCUGGCUGUUGCUUCUGUGUUGUGCCAUGUACACAGCUCUGACAUUGAGCUCAUUGAGAUCAUUUGUUUCUUUUCCCACAUCACUUCAAAAAGCACAUGCUAAACAUACUACAUGUAUAUUGUUCUCACAGCGUGAACUAAUAGCAAAUGUCCAUGCAGUAGGACACCUGUGUUGUGGCAUACCUUGAGGAUACAUAAUCAGAGCCAGUGAUGAGUGCACAGUAAAAGGUGGUAAGAGGUUGCUUACAUUAUGAUGUAUUGUAGAUGUGACAUUCGUCCAAACUGCAAUAUGUACCUGUUUCUUGCACGUCUUCAUCUAACCAGUUCAAUGGCUGCUUCUUCUUUCAUUCCACGUUCACAAAAGGAUAUCUAAAACUGAUCUGCCAAAAUAAAAGGAGUUAGCAGUGCUGCAGAUUGGGAAUAGUACCCUUCCAAACACGCUAGAACAGAGAAAGACAUACUGACAGACCUGUGGCAAUCCAGGAAGAAAACUGGUGGACCCAUGAAGACCUGUGCUGGGUACACACGGCAUAGCUGUACACUAAACCAAUCAUGUGAAAGUUUGAAUGACGUUGCACUAAACUGCAUGCCUUACAAUCACACUGGGCUUGCUUGUAAAUGAGAAUUUCAUGCAGCCCAGAGCCAGUGACUGUGUACUGUGGAAAACACAAAUACCUUUGAAGAAUGAUGCGUCUUAUAAUAGUGAAUUUGUACAUACAGACAUUUUGUUUGUUUUAUUAACAUUCCAAGUGUACAUCUCUGAACCAAACACACAAGGUUAAACCACUAUUCAUCAUUAUUUUAACCAUUAAGGUCAUCGUCGUUGCCAAAUGUAACAAAUACACUACACACUAACAUUUACUGACAGCUAUAAAUCCAGUGUAAAUCCAUUGAUAUAACAUAUGGCUUUCAGAGGCUUAUAACAAGACUGAAUUACUGAGCUGCCUGUAAAAGCUUCAGGUUCACUGUUUGGUAAUUUGAUUAGGUGUAACUGUGUUUGGAGAUGUGGGAACAUGUAUGGAUGUUAAUGUCUUUGAGGUCUGAACUUGAAUUAGAAAGGGGGAUAGUGUCAAAAUAUUUAUUUUCUAACCUUUAUCAUUUCAGUUCAUAUUGUGCUUACAUGGUGGAUAAUCCAAAAUUUAUUUAUAUUUAUUUUUUGGAUUUUUGGAUUCAGUUUUUAUUGUUUUGUUUUUAUUUAUUUGAAAAAAAAAAAAAAAGAAACAUCAGUGUUGACUUUGUUAAGCUGUAUUUAUUAGUAGUACUGUUGAUUUUAACAUAGUCACAUUCCACUAUGAGACCGGAGAGAUGCUGUAAGUAAACGUGCUGCUGGGACAUUUAUGAUAAUGUAUCUAAACCACAGGACAUCAGUAAUUACCACAAGACACUUAACAGAGACUAGCAGGCUAGCCUUUUGUUCACUGUGCAGAUAGGAUAAAAUAAAUGUCUCAAAACAAAUGAUUACAUUUUCCACAAUUCGUCAGUACUUUAUGAUUCAUGCACCACAUCUCUCAUCUCUUUUUAACAAGAAUAGUUCUCACAGCUUAAUUUAUUCUGUGAGUGUACGUCGUUCCUUGUCUUAAUGACACUCGGCACUUGCUGCGAAUGUUUAAAAAGCCCCACAGAGAAGGGAUGCCGGCCUAAACUCCUCGAAGGCUUUUAAUGUGUAACAGAUUGAGGACAUAUUAAGAUUGUGUCAACAGCAGACAGAGAAUUAUCACAGCAGAAUGCAUUUUUACAUAUUUAUUAAUCUUUGCCUUAUUAUAAGACACAACAUGAAGAAAGGCUACACACUGCGAAUCCAUAAUCAAAAACAUCUGAAUUAAAAUAAAUAAGAAAAUUAUAUUUCAUUAAUUAACCUCACAUAGGCUCAUACAAAACAAGUUUACAUUGAGUUUGAUUCAUUUUAACAUAAGAAUUAUUAUAUAUGUUUUAUUAAUAGCAUCUGCCUAACUCUUCUUCACUUGUUAUUGGAUCUUGUACACUUGUGAAAAAACUGUCAUAGUUGGAGUUUUCAGUUAAACCCGUGCGAAGUGCUGGUGAAUCCCAGAGAUGUGCCUCAGAACUACAACAGCUUGUUGUAUUUUGAAUUGUCACUGUGCAGUAAAAGCGUGAGAAAAGA